AUGGCCAUGGCCAUCCCAAGCGCCACGGAGGAGGCGGAUUUCUACUACCUCAGUCCUCCUCCCGGCCUCCAGAGGCAUCCAGUCUGCGGACUCUGCCCGACCCUCCCCGUCGCCGGCCUCCGGAACUCCGCUGGAUUCUCCCGCAUGGUCUCUGCCCACCACCAUUUAGCGCGCCGCCCGCGUUCCGCCAAGAGUACCAAGCUGCGCGAGCUCUGGAGGCAGAUCACGAGGGAGAGGAGGAGCCUGCCGGCGCCACCACCGCCGCUCUACGAUCCGCACAGUUACGCGCAGAAUUUCGACGACGGAAUGUCGACGUGGGAAGAGCCGGAGAGCGUCUCCCGCUCGUUCUCGGCGAGGUUCGCAGCGCCGGCGAGAGUCCUGCAGGAAUUUGAAGGUCUAUUGAUGACAUGGAAGAUAGUAGCUAUUCAUUAUGGCGCCAGAGAAAUCUCUGACUUCUUAACUCUAGACCAUGUUGUAGUUGGUGAUCUAGUUGUCAAAGAGCCUAGUAUCACAUUUCUAGUGGCGAAAUUUGAUGGCAUUCUUGGACUUAGGAUCCAAGAAAUAUCAGUUGGGAAUGUUACUCUUGUGUGGUACAAUAUGAUUGAGCAAGACCUCGUCAAAGAACAUGCUUUCUCUUUCUUGUUUAAUCGGAAUUCUAAGGAAGGGGAGGGAGGUGAAAUUAUAUUAGGAGGAGUUGAUCUGAUUUAUUACAAGAGUGAACAUAUAUUUGUUCCUGUGACUCAAAAAGGCUACUGGCAGUUUAAUAUGAGUGAUGUCCUUAUUGAUGGCAAAUCUCUAAGAUUAUGUGUGGGUGGUUGUGCAACGAUUGCAGAUUUAGGAAUUUCUUUGCUAGCUGGUUCAACUACCAUUAUUGCUGAAAUUAAUCAAAGAAUUGGAGUGGCUGGUAUCAUUAGUCAAGAGUGCAAUGUAGUUGUUUUCGAAUACGGACAACUAAUUCUCGACCUGUUGUUGGCACAGGCGCAACCUGUCCAAAUUUAUGCUCAGACUGGUCUGUGUAGUUUCGAUGGAACUCGUGGCAUUAGUAUUGGCAUUGAGAGUGUAGUGAAUAGUGAUAGAUAUUCAUCAAAUGGACUUUAA